AUGUGGAUAUUACCGCUGCUUGGAUAUGUCGGCGUUAUCCUGGGCUUCGCGUUCCUGACGCUUGCGAUAGCUUCCGGCCUGUACUACCUUUCUGAACUCGUGGAGGAGCAUACCGUCUUCGCGAAGAAACUGCUCUACCGGCUCAUUUAUGGCGUCGUUGGCAUACAAACACUCCUUCUCGUAGUCGAUAGGUUUCCAAUUGGACUCAGCGCAUUGAGUGUCGGGUCGCAUUUCAUCUAUGCGCAGAACCUAAGGCGGUUCCCUAUCGUCAAGCUCACGGAUCCACUCUUCUUGGCCUCUUGUGCUCUUGUAAUCGCGAACCACUACCUGUGGUUCCGCCACUUCAGUGCUCCACCGGCAAACACGUACUCCUCGUAUCCCUACUCUCGCGAUGCCAACAUUCCUACCUUCACCGAAAUCGCAUCCUACUUCGGCCUCUGCGUGUGGCUAGUCCCCUUCGCCUUGUUCGUCUCCUUGUCGGCUGGCGAGAAUGUGCUUCCCUCGAUGGGCUCAGAGUACGCGACCGGAGACGGUAGCAGCUACAUCACGCCAGGAACAGCACCAGCAUCAUACGGGACCGGAACAGGCAUUGGCGUCGGUGGAGCCAGUAGUGGCACGGAAGGAAAGAGGAGGGCGAGAAGUGGAACAAACGCUGGCAUGGCAAAGGCUGUUGUCACUGGCGUCAGAGAGUGGGUUGGGGAAACAGGAGAGGUUAUGGGGUUGUGGAAGGGUGAGAGGACAAGGCCGACAUUCUAA